AUGAAUCAUUCCAUAACACCGUUUAGUCUCACUUCAAGUUCAGUGGAACUGCUGACACCUUAUGUCAGCAACAGUGCAGACCAGUCAAAGGAAUUGGAAAUUGAUUACUUGGAUGGCAGUACAAAUAUGAGUGGUGCUACAUCAAAUGACACACCACACUUAGAUCCAGUGUUACUAGAACGUUUCACAAAAAAUCGCAGCAUAGAUGAACCCUGGUAUCAUAUACUAAUUGCUAUGUACAGUGUUCUCAUCGUAUUCGGUGCCGUGGGUAAUGUUUUAGUUGUUGUGGCAGUGGUACGGAAGCCCAUUAUGCGCACAGCUCGUAAUUUAUUUAUACUAAAUUUAGCAAUUUCCGAUUUGCUUUUGUGUUUGGUAACAAUGCCAUUAACUUUGAUGGAAAUCCUAUCAAAAUUUUGGCCAUUUGGUUCGUAUGCUGUCUUGUGUAAGAUGAUUGCCAUGUUGCAGGCUUUAAGCAUAUUUGUUUCGACAAUUUCCAUUACGGCCAUUGCAUUCGACAGAUAUCAGGUAAAUUCUACUUAA